AUGACGCGGCCCGAUCUGGCAUAUACUGUGCAGCAGGCAUGCCUACACAUGCAUGACCCGCGUGAACAGCACCUUGCGCUGGUGAAAUGCAUACUUCGCUACAUCCGCGGCUCCUCUACCCAUGGGCUCCAUCUUCGCCGGUCGACGCCUCUGGACCUUGUCGCCUACUCCGACGCCGACUGGGCCGGCUGCCUAGACACGCGCCGCUCGACAUCAGGCUACGCGAUGUUCCUCGGCGACGCCCUGGUGUCCUGGUCGUCCAAGAGGCAGCCUACUGUGUCUCGCUCCAGUGCUGAAGGGAAGUACCGCACAGUCGCCAAUGCGGCCGCGGAGUGCUGCUGGCUCUGA